GAGACAAGGAUUACAAUGCAAAUGGUAAGCUUGCAGUUGCAACAUUUGUCAAAUGGCUGCAAGUCAUUGGUCUUUCAUCAGUCUCAAUGUUUAUUUUGAUAAACUUUCUAUAUACAUACUAUUUAUUUUGUUUAGAUAGCUAAACUGUUAAAACAGUUGAGGACAGACGUUGCUAUACAUUCUCCAGAGAACAUAAUGGAUAUUUACUUCAAAAUCCUUUUUUUUACAUCAACAAUUAUCAUAGGGUCGCUUCUGCAAUGGAAAAAAAAUGAAGAAGAAACGGACAACAAUGUUUUCCUGUCCCAAAAUACUUGACUAGAUUGAUUGAAAUUCAUUAAGAAAAAAUGGAUGUUAGAGACUUGGCAACAUAAGAAGAAUAUCCUUUCUCUUUGGACUGACCACACUGUUUCAAAAUGAGGAAUCAAUCAGUGAUGGAGAAAGACGACUAAGGGGAUGGAGCGUUCAAGUCAACUCCAGCCUGCAUUAUAUGGACAAAUUAUGAAUAUCACAAACGAUACCAAUGGGACAGAAUCUCCAGAGCUUGAUGAAAAUGAUGAGAGUUUGGCUUAUCAAACCGGGUUGGCAGUGAUUCUCUUCGUUGUCACACUCGCUACUACUUUAUCCAACGCAUUUGUCAUUGCAACGAUUUAUCAGUCUAAGAAAUUGCACACUCCAGCAAACUUUCUCAUAGCGUCUCUAGCUGUCACCGACCUCUUGGUGUCCAUUCUGGUGAUGCCCAUAUGCGUCCUGUACACGGUGAGUCACACCUGGACUUUGGGACAAGUUACAUGUGACAUUUGGUUAUCCUCAGAUAUAACAUGUUGCACUGCUUCUAUCCUUCACUUAUGCGUAAUCGCUUUGGAUCGAUACUGGGCAAUAACAGACGCCGUUGAGUACUCCAAAAAGCGCACGCCAGCGCGCGCUGCGGGAAUGAUCGUGACCGCCUGGGUCAUCGCUAUCUCCAUCUCCCUGCCCCCGCUUUUCUGGCGCCAGGUGAAAGCGGAGGAGUUAACUGAAUGCAAUGUCAACACGGAUCACAUUUUCUACACUAUUUACUCCACGUUUGGAGCAUUCUACAUCCCUACUCUGCUGCUUAUUGUGCUUUAUGGAAGGAUAUACUUAGAAGCACGUAAGAUCAUUUUGAAACAGUCACCCAAAAAGGUAGGGAAAAGACUCACUUCAGUGCACCUGAUCACCAACUCCCCUGGAUCUGUGGCAUCGACAUCAUCUUCUCAGUGUAAAAUACACGAUACCCACUUCAGUGACACGGGGUCCUUGGCAAGUAAGAACCAUGUGAAAGUAACCGUGUCCGACGCACUUUUGGAGAAGAAAAAGAUCUCAGCUGCUAGAGAGAGGAAAGCGACCAAAACAUUGGGAAUAAUAUUAGGCGCCUAUAUUAUAUGCUGGUUGCCCUUUUUCAUAUACACCCUAGUGGUGGCCGCCUGUGAAACUUGUUUUUACCCCGAGAUGUUUGACUUUUUCACCUGGCUUGGUUAUCUCAACUCGUUAAUCAAUCCAAUUAUAUAUACCAUGUCCAAUGAAGACUUUAAAAAAGCUUUCCAUAAACUCUUACGCUUCAGAUUUUGCAUAUCCUGAACAUAUGUCUUCCAUGUCCUAUUUUGUUUGCAUUAUUGCU